GUGUUUCUGUCUCAGCUCAGAUCAGAGGAGGAUUUCUCAUGUGCAGGACUCAGCUCCUCAGACUCUCUCCAGAGACUCUGCUCUUCUAGAAGCUUCACUCAUCACUGAGACCUGCACCUGAACACACCUGAACACAUCUGAACACGGAGAAAUAUGGCUUUGGAAUUUAAAAGGAAAAUUGAAGAAAGCAAGAAGCUAGACAACGGACCUCCUGCCCGAUACCAGCUACAGCUAAGAGGAUAUAAUCUGGACAAAGAAUCAAAUGAAGAAUCUAAACUGUGGAGAUUUACUCUUGGAGAAUAUGAUCCACGACAUCUGAACAAGACCAUCCUCCUGGUGGGAGCCACAGGGUCAGGGAAGUCCACUCUGAUCAACGCUCUGGUCAACUUUCUGAUGGGGGUGGAGUUUGAAGACAAAGUCUGGUUUGAGGUCAUCACAGAUGAGAAGAACAAACCUCAGACUGAGAGUCAGACCUCUGCUGUGUCUGUUUACAACAUCUAUGGAUUCGAGGGAACUAAAGUCCCUUAUUCUCUGAGCAUCAUUGAUACUCCAGGAUUCGGACACACAGAAGACAUAGAAAAUGAUGAUAUGAUUAUUCAUUUACUCAAGGGUCUGUUCUGUAUCCCUGAGGGAGUGGACACAGUUAAUGCUGUGUGUUUGGUCAUGAAGGCCUCAGUGAACAGACUGGACGAGAGGAUGGCCUACAUCUUUAAUUCCAUCACUUCUCUGUUUGGCAAAGACAUGGAGCAGAACAUUGUGAUGAUGAUGACUCACUCAGGUGGAAAAAAACCCAAAGAUGCUCUCAACGCUCUGGAAGAUGCAAAGAUUCUUUGUGCCAGAGACGCAAAAAAUGAACGAGUAUAUUUUCAGUUUGACAACUGCCAAAAAGAGAUGAUUGAAGAUGACAGUGAUGAUGAAAAAAAUUCAAACAUGCAUUUACAAAUUCAAACAAGGGAAUGAAGAAG